AUGGCCCGCCGCGACACUAACAUCCUUGGCCGUCUUCACGGCAAAUCCCGCACGCGAACUGCGACAUGGCAACUAAACCCAGACCGGGCAACCAAGAGCACGCCAGAAGAUAUUCUGCGGUGGAUUGCGUCCAUGACUCCUGAUACGGCGCUUGCGCAUUUGGUUUCGAGCAGUGAUGGCAUUUCUGAGGCUGAGGCUACUGUACGACGACGCAUUCAGGGUCAAAAUGUUGUUUCGUCGCGGAAGCCGCAGUCUUGGUUUAUGCUGUUGCUGAGUGUCAUUCCGAAUCCGUUUAAUAUUCUGUUGAUGUUUUUGGCGAUUCUUAAUGUUGCGAUGCCGGAUCCUAGCUGGGAAGGGUUUGCUAUUCUUAUGGUCAUGAUCGUUAUUUCUGUCGGUGUGCGCUUCUGGCAAGAGUUCCAAAGCGGUGUCGCAAUCUUUCGUCUUCAAUCCGCCAUCAUUCCCAAGAUUCGAGUCCGCCGACCUGCAACUUACACAGACGAGCUUCAACUCUCCUGGACCGAAGGCACUGUUCUCGAGACUGACCUCGUCCCUGGAGAUAUCGUCAUUCUGGUCCCUGGCGCCAUCGUCCCCGCUGAUUGUCUUAUCCUCGAGUCUUCGUACUUGAGGAUUAGUCAGUCUGCUUGGACGGGUGAGAGUGAGCCUGUGGGUAAGGAUGCGGGACCUCAUGAUGCGAAGGAAGCAUUCUCGAUCUUUGACUUUAGUAAUGUUGCGCUUAUGGGGACGAAUAUUGUGAGUGGUCACGGUGUUGGACUUGUUAUUCGGACUGGUGAUGAUGCUAUGAUUGCAACCAUGGUCAAGGAGGUUGAGAAGAAGCGACAGCCCAACGCCUUCCAAAAGGGCAUCCUCAAUGUUACCUGGAUGCUCAUCGGCUUCAUGAUCGUCAUGGUUCCCAUUGUUCUCUGCAUCUCCGGCAAAGUCACAGGAGACUGGAAGAACGCAGCGCUCUUCAGCAUCAGCGUCGCAGUCGGUCUCGUUCCAGAGAUGCUUCCCGCCAUCGUCAACGCCAAUCUCGCACGAGCCGCCCAUCAGCUUUCCAAGAAACAAGCCAUCGUCAAGCGUCUCGACUCGGUUCAGAAUCUCGGCGCCAUGACUGUUCUGUGCAGCGACAAGACAGGAACUUUAACCAAGGACGAGCUCUCGGUGCACAAGUACUCCAACGCCGAAGGUGAAGACAUGCUCAACAUCAUUGAACUCGCAAAAGUCGACUCCCAAAUCCAAGGUAACAGCGGCAACAACAUGGACAGAGCUAUUCUCAACUAUCACCUCCCGAACGGCGAUGAAGUCGGUGUAGCACACUACGAACAAGUCCGCGUUAUUCCCUUCGACUUCGAACGUCGUCGCUCAGGCUGUAUCGUCCGCGGCAUCACAGGCCAGUACCUCCUCAUCGUAAAAGGCGCGUUCGACGAAGUCCUCACCCGCUGCUCUUCCAUGCGGUCAGCCGGUAAGAGCGAGUAUCUCAGCACUGAGAUGCAAGCUCGAUGGAGACAACUCGCUAUGCAGAAGAGUAUGGAUGGAUAUCGUGUUCUUCUCGUCGCGUCGCGUAUUCUUGGAAAGUCUUAUGUUAAUGAGCUCGAUAUGCUUGAGACGGACAUGACGCUUGAGGGAAUGAUCAGUUUCUCCGAUCCACCAAAGGACGACGCCAAAGACGCCAUCGCAAGCCUCACCGAGCUCGGUGUUCAAGUCAAGGUCUUGACCGGCGACUCUCUCCCUGUGGCUCUCAACAUCUGCCGCUUCCUCGAACUCCUCCAGCACUCCGAAACGAUGGACGACGACGCCGAAGCCAUCUCCGGUCCUGAACUCGCUCUCCUCGAAGACUCGGAUGAAUUCGACCUCGCCGUUGAACGAUGCAGUGUCUUCGCCAAAGUAACGCCCAAGCAGAAGAGCCUCAUUGUUCUCGCUCUUCAGAAGGCCGGUAAUUGCGUUGGUAUGCUCGGUGACGGGAUCAACGACUGCGGUGCGCUUCGAGAUGCAGAUGUUGGAAUCUCUGUUGACUCUGGCGCGGGCGUAGCAAAGGAUUGUGCGGAUUUGAUACUGACGGAGAAGGGGCUUUCCAUUAUUGUGCGGAGUGUAAUUUUGGGAAGGAUUACACAUGGGAAUACUAUCAAGUAUAUCAAGAUGGUAGCUUCGUCCAAUUUUGGUAAUGUUUUUAGUAUUCUGGCGGCUAGUGCUUGGCUCCCUUACACGCCGAUGACCAGCAUUCAGCUUCUCGCUCAGAAUCUUCUGUAUGACAUCAGUCAGAUCGCCAUUCCUUGGGAUCGCGUUGAUGAAGAGUAUCUGACCCAACCACGACGAUGGAACGCCAAGGACAUCCUCAAGUUCAUCGUUGUCCUCGGUCCUACAAGUUCAGUCAUCGACAUGUGCACUUUCUCUCUCAACUGGUUCUUCUACGGCAUUCGAACUACAUCCGACAAUGUCAAGCUGGCACAAACACACUGGUUCCUUCAAGGUCUUCUCACCCAGACAAUGAUCGUCCACUUGCUCCGUACAGCCAAAAUUCCUUUUGUCCAGAGCCGGGCAGCGCCGAUCCUUGUAUUCUCGACUGCGUCGAUUAUGGCGAUUGGUUUUGUCCUACCCUGGAUCCCGGCGUUCAGACCCGCGUUUAGCUUUGCUCAACCAGCGACGACAUUUGUUGGGUUCUUGGCUGCUGAGCUGUUGCUUUACGCUGUGGAGGUCCAGAUUGUCAAGAUGAUUUAUAUCAAGAUCUUUGGUACAUGGCUAUGA